AUGACCACUACUAUCAAAUCAUUCUUACAAUUUCUCAAGAAUGACCAUUUAUGCAAUUUGACUCCAUCAUCAGCAUUGAGAGUUGUAUUUGGAAAUGAAGCUGCUGAUUUUGAUUCCGUGGUAUCUACCUUGACGUAUGCCUUUUGUAGUUACCAGAAGGAUCCAGCAAAUCCAUUAGUGCCCAUCAUCAACAUUCCUAGAGCUGAAUUACCCUUGAGAAGAGACGUAAUGAGGUCUUUGAACAGAUUAAACGUCACAGAAGAUUUAUUAUUCUUCAACGAGGAGUUCAAGCGUUACAAGACUCUCUGUGGAUCUGUUAAUGCAAUUUUGGUGGACCAUAAUGAGGUGGAAAUGAAUUCUAGGGCCUUGGUUAACAUUGUAACGGGUAUAAUAGAUCAUCACAAAGACCAAAAAUUGCACUUAGAGGCACAUCCAAGAAUAGUUCAAACUACUGGUAGUUGUUCAUCUCUAGUAUUUAAUUAUUGGCGUGAUAUCAUACUUAAAUCUGAAUCUGAAGGUUUCAAGGAAGUAGCUUUAUUAUCUCUGGGAGCUGCCCUAUUGGAUACAUCCAAUUUCCGGUAUAAAGUGGAAGCACCAGACUUAGAGGCUCUCAAAUACUAUGAGAGCAUAUUAUCAGAUAUUGAUAGAGAGGAAUAUUAUAAACAGUUGAAGAGUGAUAAAGAUGACUUAGAAGGAAUGCACAUUAAGGAUAUUUUCAAAAAAGAUUAUAAAGAAUUCACAUUUGAACAAGAUCCUCAUAAGAUCAAAGUGGGAAUUGCAUCUGUAGGUAAACCAUUGGAAUGGCUUAAUAAACAAUGUGGCACCGUCGAUGUAUUCAAUUCAGAAUGCAUUGAAGCUCAAAAGGAGCGUAACCUAGACAUUUUCGUCGUAAUGACCGCUUGGCAAGAUGGCAGUGAAUUCAAACGUGAAAUCUUGGUUAUUUCACCCGUUAAAGAUCAUUCUGAAAGGAUCAUGAACAAAAUAUCAUCAGAGUUGAAAUUGGAAAGUACUGACCAAAUAAACACAGCAAGUUUGGAUCAUCAUUCCUACUACUUUAAUGCAUUUAACCAAUUGAAUGUUUUGGCCAGCAGAAAACAAGUUGUUCCACUGCUUGGUGAUGCAUUUCACUCUACUGCUGCUGAUAAAUAA